UUCUGUUGUGGCUAAUGGACACAGUCAUUAAGUUUAUAUGCAAAUCUUCAAAGAAGACGUUGGCUUUUAGUAAUGACUAAUACAGAUUGUUGUUAGAAAACCAAUCUUGUCAUUUACAGCGAAGAUAAUACAGUCAGUAGAUGUUAUGUAUAGUAGGUGCCCUUCCAAGUUAUUGCAAAUGCUUGCAGGAGUGAGAUUGGGGAAAAGGGUAAUUGAAUAAUUUCAACCCCAACAGACAAUUGAAGAUGUCUGUUAUAGAUUUAUAGUUGGAAAAGGAUGGGGAGGUCCCAUGAAGCUUAAAAAGACUUCUCUCAUAAUUCAUUACAGAGGCUCCCUCCAUCUCCAUUAGUGCAAUAUCGUUCUACCUUUUCCUAAAUAGUGCUUCAAUAAAGGCCCACAUCUAUGAACAGAUCAAACUCAUCAUUUAAAAUAUGCAUUAUUGCAUAAAUAUUCAGACAUACCCAUCAGGCGUCAAGAUUCUCGUAAACUCCUGAAUUUACUUUACUUUUUGGUGUUUGUGAUUUCCGUUGCUCGAGGAAAAAAAGGCUCCAUCUUGUAGAGUUCUUUUACUAUCACAUUUCUUUGGCUUUUGGUGUAGUAAACAAUAGUUUGAUCUGAAUUUUAGGCAAUCUUUCUCAGUUUCAGAAAACUAGUACUCUAAGUUCCCAAGAAGAAUACAUAUUUCUUGAAGCAGUUGUUCUUGUUUUAUUCACUAAAUCACAGGAUUUCAGGAGAUGAUGAAUUACAACUAGUAAUGGUGCUUCAAUGGCUAAGAAGAGGAACUGGUUCAAUCUAGUGAGAAAGUUUUUCAUUUCAGACACACCUGCAAAGCAAGAAAAGCAUUAUCAGAAGGACAAAAGAAGAAAAUGGGUUUUAUUUGGAAGGGUGAAGGUGAAAAGCAGAUUACCCUCACUCUCAGCACCAUCACCACCAAGAGACAUAGAAGGAGAAAGAACAAGACUGAGUGAAGCAGAGGAAGAGCAGAGCAAGCUUGCUUUAAAUGUUGCACUUGCCACUACUGCUGCUGCUGCUGAGGUUGUUUUCCUAACUGGUGUGCGCAACUCUACCCAUCAAUUUGACAAACAAAGAGAAGAAAAGAAUUCACCCAUCAAAAUACUCUCUAGUACUCAUCAAUAUGAGAAGGAGAUCAAAGAAAUUUCAGCCAUUAAAAUUCAAGCUGCCUUUCGGGGUUAUCUUGCCAGGAAAGCUCUGCGAGCACUCAAAGGGAUAGUGAAGCUUCAAGCUAUUAUUCGAGGGCGAAAUGUGAGACGCCAGGCUAUCAAGACUCUGAAAUGCUUGCAAUCCAUUGUAAAUAUACAGUCACAAAUCUGUUGCUAUGAUGAAAAUAAACAAUUGCAAAAUUUGAGUGAUAAGAUAAUAAAGAUGGACACUAACAGUCAAAGAAGAUGGGAUGGAAGCAUUUUGACAAAGGAGGAAGCAGAAGCAUUGUUUCUUAGCAAGAAAGAGGCUGCAAUGAAGAGAGAAAGGAUAAAAGAAUACUCCUUUAAUCACCGCAAUUCAGCAGAAACUGAGAGGAACAAGAGCAAUGGGAGUUGGAGAUAUUGGCUAGAGAACUGGGUAGAUACUCAAGUUACUAAAAGUAACGAGCUAGAAGAUUUGGAUACAAUUAUAACUUCAACACCAAAGCCAAGAGUAGAAUACAAUUAUAAAGGGAAAAAACUGAGAUUGAGAGGUUUACAAAAACAGUAUAACGUAGAAGGAACAGAGUCUCCAACCGCAGCAGCUCCAAGAAGAUCAUUUCACAGAAGGCAGUGCUCGCUAGGGGAAGAAAAUCCCUUCUCAACGUCACCUGUGAUUCCAACUUACAUGGCUGCAACCGAAUCUGCAAAGGCAAAAGCAAGAUCAAUGAGCUCACCGAAGCUAAGGCCAGGAACCUGUGAUGCAUAUUCUGAUAGCUAUUCCCCAUGUAAGAAUAGGAUAUCAUCCAUUGCUACAAAUGGAAAUGGUAGAUUUGGAAGGUCAAGUGGUUACCAGCAGCAAAGGUCUCCAAGCUUGAAGGGGCUUCCAGGUCCUGUCAAAUCUAACACACCUUUCAAAGAUCUGAGCUUUGAUUCUGAAUGCUCUUUCAGGACUUGGAAUCAAAAAACUGCUCUUCAAUUUUAGUUUAUUUAGUUUGUAAUUACAGAAUAAUAAUAAUAAUAAGAUGAUGAAUUAGCGGGAAAA